AUGACCAGUAAAAUUGUAACGCUUCUUGUCAUCCUACAAAUGAUAACGGCUUUCCCACAUAGCACGGGGCCAUCGUUUCAAUAUGGUUUUGAAUCUGCUUAUAAAAAAGAGCCAAAGCCGUACUCCUUCAAUUACCGCAUACAAGACAAGUGCCAGAGCUCACAUUAUUCCCACAAAGAAAGAUCAGACGGGAAAAGGGUUUAUGGUUCCUAUACUGUGGAUCUUCCAGACGGCCGCACGCAAACGGUGGACUACGUAGCAAACCACCACAGAGGAUUCGUGGCCAAAGUGACUUACAAGGGGAAAGCUCGCCAUCCCAGAGCACAUAGUCCUUCAGCGACGUUCAGUACGUCGUAUCAUGAAUAUCACUGA